AUGGAGGCCAUUGACCAGUCCACCCCCAUCCUGCAGCCCGAGACGGCUCUGAGGCCCCGGCCUCGGCCUAGCCAGCGGAAGAAUGUGGCUUCUCCCAAGAGAUCGAAAUCCACACGGGAGGUCAGAACGAAGAGGAUAUCACCAAGAUCUGCGUUUGCGACGGGGAGCGACACAUACGCCGGCAAACCCACACCUAAACCCCCGAGAACGAACACCAGCCCAGGAAGACCCAUUGUACCUGCCACCGAGCGAGCAUCUUACGGAGAAAAGUUGGGCAAGAGGGGCAAAAGAGAAAAAGAUGGCGAGAAGUGGGAGAUUGCGCCAGACGGAAGUUCUGCUGGUAGGGAGGGCCGUCAGUUCACAGUCGCCAACGUGGGGAAUAAUGGCAGGAUCUAUCUGAGGUAUGUUUGCGAUUUUGUCUCGGAGAUCCCAGUCUAUUUGAAGGAGCUGGACAAAUGGCGCCUUCUGUACGACCAGCACAUCAACGAUUUCCGCAGCCAGAUUUCAUUUUUCCAGCGACACCACCAGGUACCUCUGGCUUAG